AUGGCGUCUUCCUCGGAUGUUCACGUCCGGAUAUGUGGACAAGAAAUCAUAAAGUAUGACCUAGAAAUUAAGGCUCUCGUUCAGGACAUCAGGGAUUGCCCUGGGCCUCAGUCAACUCUCAUGGAGCUCAACUCUCAGGUGAAAGAGAAGUUCAACAGGCUCAGACUCAGAAUACAGGAUCUAGAGCAGAUGGCCAGAGAACAAGACAGAGAGACGGACAGACUGGCCAUUCAGGCAGAGACAGAGAGCCAGCGAAGGCAAAUGCUGAGUAACCAGACAGCGUGGAGGAAAGCUAACCUGGCAUGUAAACUAGCUAUAGACAACACUGAGAAGAACGAGCUGCUGCAUGGAAGAGAAAACCAGACCACCAGGCAGAGCCUGCAGGUCAGCUCCGGGCCGGAGGUGCCGUCAUGCACCGCCCUGCUGGUACGGAGGGAAUGUGCUUGGACAAGGAUCGAGCCGCCGGAGGUGCGCAUUGAGUUACAGCCACCAAGAGAGCAGGGGAGCAAUUAG